GUUUGUGUCACAUCGAAGUGAGAGGAAAGCAGCGAAGAAGAAUCCCCGGAAGCUACAUUUUGUGAGCACGCGGUACGUCCGGCCUUUCCAACAGGGCAGCGAGAGGGAACAUGGCCAAGAUUAAGGCUCGAGAUCUGCGGGGCAAGAAGAAGGAGGAGCUGCUUAAGCAGCUGGACGACCUAAAAAACGAGCUGUCCCAGCUGCGUGUGGCCAAGGUUACCGGUGGAGCCGCUUCCAAGCUCUCCAAGAUCCGCGUUGUCCGCAAGUCCAUCGCAAGAGUGCUGACUGUAAUCAACCAGACGCAGAAGGAGAACCUGAGGAAGUUCUACAAGGGUAAGAAGUAUAAGCCCCUGGAUCUGAGACCCAAGAAGACCAGAGCGAUGCGCCGCCAACUCAACAAGCACGAGGAGGGUCUGCGGACCAAGAAGCAGCAGAGGAAAGACCUCCUGUACUCAAUCCGCAAAUUUGCCGUCAAAGCUUAGGCUUUUUAUCAACAAAUAAAAUCUCUGUAAAAGACUA